CUGUUGUGUUUGAAAUUUUAGGUAACAAGUUCAAGAUGCCAGGGCGUUCCAGUACAAGUUCAGGUUCCACUCGUUACAUAUCCUUCAGUGGUGUGGAGUCCGCUCUCUCCUCCUUAAAAAACUUCCAAGCGUGCAUCAGCUCUGGAAUGGACACAGUUUCUAGUGUUGCCUUGGACCUUGUGGAGACUCAGACUGAAGUGAGUAGUGAAUACAGUAUGGACAGGGCCAUGGUUGAGUUUGCUAAAAUGGAUCGAGAACUAAGCCAUUACGUUAAGGCUGUCCAGUCUACGAUAAAUCAUGUCAAAGAAGAACGUCCAGAAAAAGUGCCAGACUUAAAAUUACUAGUGGAGAAGAAAUUUUUGGCUUUACAGGAUAAGAAUUCUGAUGCCGACUUUAAGGACAAUGAAAAAUUUGUGCAGUAUAAGCAGCAGCUGAGGGAACUGAAGAAGCAAUGAACUGCCAGGCUGUUUCCCACAGCGACGGCGCCAUUUUACAUUUCCACCAGCAGUGUAUGAGGGUUCCAAUUGCUCCACAUCCUCAGCCGGCACGUGUUACUGCCUGUCCUUCUCACUGUAGCCAUUGUAGUGGGUGUCAAGUGGUGUCUCGUUGUUUUGGCUUACAUUUCCCUGAUAGAUUAAUAUUGUGGUGUUUAUAUUACUAGCAUAGGGCAAAAGUUUAAAUCUCAUGUUUUCCUAUGGAAACCACCUCAUAUUACUGGCUUGACUUUCUGAAACAAAACCACAGUUCUACACCAGGUAAAUGUUGUUCAUGAGGUUAUACUCGAAAAAAACAACUAUAAAGAAGAAAUGACUUGAAAUGAAGAUUGCACACUCACCUGGGACAUUCAUUCUGCAGUCUGAAUUCAUUCACAGUGCUCUUUAUCUGAGCGCCUCAAGUGCUGUUAGGUGACAUUUACUGCAUAAUCCAGAAGCACUUGGGUUAAGUCCACACUGUGGUGUCACUAGGUAAACACUUGAAAAUGGAGGUCUGUGUCUCUGAUUGAAUCAGUUGAGAGUAAAGAUAGUUUAUAGGACAGUGAACCCUUUCUCACCCACUCUGUGUCUCAGUGUGGGCCAAUAACCAUCACCUGAAACUCCUGAAACUAGACCGGGCUUUCGGACUGUCGUGUUGCUGUGAUGACAUCAGGUUCUGACUGCAGAGGAGAGGAAAGAACCUUUGCUGACCCGUGUGCCUCUCUAUCCUUUGUUUCCAGUAAAAGCUCUGCUGUGUCCAGCCCUUGCCUCUGUCUGGUUCUCUGAUGUUUUCUACACCAGUUACACCUUCUGUCCCCUCCCCCUUUGGCACUCCUAGUCUGGCUGUCCUUGUUUCUGUCAAGGAAAGAACGCCAUGUGUGUUUGCAAGUGUGUGAGUUUCACCAGCUCUCUCUGUGUACAGAAGGAGAAAAGAAAGAUACCGAGCCAAACUGAAAAGAUGCUCUCUCUAGAAAGAGUCUCAGGAUGCCUCAGGCAGCUCCCCCAGGAAGGAGAGCUUCCGGGAAGACUGGUCCUCCUCUCUAGCGCAUACAGAGCCACACCCAGAGCUAAGCCUCCUGUGCACUGUGCCCUCCUGGCUUCAUCUGGCACUGUGUGCAGAAGGCCUGCAGGGGACAAAGGAGGAAAAGAGGAGGAGGAGAAAGUUGUCCCCUUUAUAGUGUCUCCUCUGCCUUAUCUGCUCCUCAACCUAAUGUUGGCUUGUGGCUCAACCGGGGAGUGGUUGGAAAGAAUAACUGGAUUGGUUGUCAUAACUGAAUUUUGCCACUCCAAAGUAAAGGGAGGUGACCACUUUAGACACUUGAGAAGCUGGAGGACGCCUUCGUGAAUUCUCUUUUGACACUCUUUUGUUGAUUCAAAUACUGCUCUGAGAGAAGCAAGCACAUCAUGACCCAGUUAUGGUGUCGCUUUUACUAAAGGUCCCGGACCACUGGGUAGUCCUGAACUGUGUGCCUUCAGAACUACCACGGAGCAGCCAAAUAAUAGUCAUUGAUGUGUUAGUAGGAAUUGUAGUUUAGUUCUGAUUUUUAAAACGACCAGCCCUCGAGUAAUGGAAAAAUAAAUGAUAGCAAGUACUUACUAAAUUUUCCUGUGUGCUAAGCAUUAUGUGAGUACCCAGGCACAGGCUCCCAUUUCUUAACCCUAGCCCUCUGAGGUGACACAGUUGUGCUUCAGGUGAGAUGCAAGGAAAGGUGGUACUUGCUCUGUUUAGUUUACCCCGUCCAUAGCUCAACCCCCGACUGUCUGUGGACCAGACAGAGUGAGUGGGGUGGGUCCCUGUGCCCUAACCCUUGAGGAAUGUAGAGGAGGAGGUAUGUGAGCUGGAGAGAGGCUAUUGAAGGCUGAUCGAUAACUUACCCAAAUUCAGAAGCUAACUGAUGGCUUUGGCUAUGGCGGAGCUUAUUUGGUUUGGCUUUUGAGUUUUGCUGUGGUGAUUUGUACAGGAAGCUUCAGACUCCUUUCCCUCACAUUCUUGCUCUUAGACAAGAGGGAAUGAUGGCCGAGGAGAAGCCAGCUCACUUGUUGAAAAUGAUCAAAUGUGCUUCUGUGGAACAAAAAAUGGAUUUGAAACUUUGCUUGUUCUUUUCUAUUAUGGAAUUGAAAUAAAAAAGGAAUGUUACUUGUA